CUGCUUUGGAUAUGACGUAUCAAAAAACAUCGAAUUACCAAUACGUUGGUAGUUCUGAUAUUAGUACGAACGAAAUGAAAAGUCAAUCUAUCAGCGAAACCAUUCGCGAUUACGGGAAUGAUAAGUCUCCGAUCGUAGAUAAAAGAUCGACGUUUAUUUCUAACAUAGACAGUGAAAAAAGAUCCUUGAAAAAAGACGAAUCGAAGUUUCACUGUCGAAAGAACGAAGAGAUAACGUACAUGAUGCUUCCGAAAAGUAGAAACUGCAAUACGGGUUUUCCCUCCAGAGUGUCUUCGAGCGUGGCUUGGAUACGAACGAAGCGGAACUUCCGCAAGAAGAUUCGACCCUUCGCUGCUAGGGUGAGGAGACAGCAAAAAGGCGAUCAGCGAGCGGAGAAAAUCGACGUUUCGUCGUUUCAAACGAUCGAGGUGAUUUCACGAGGUGACGAGAAUAACGACGUUGAUGUUGUUGAUCAAGACGAAGACUCGAAGGUUUCCAAGAACGCGGCAGUAUUGGAUAACAAAAAGGAGACUGCGAAUGAUGCCGGGGUAGAGAGGAUCAUUGCUGUUCAAAAAAACAAUAUUGAAACGAGAUCCAACUUCACGCAAACUCGUAAAUUUUGGAACGAAGAAGAAGAAAAUCACGGAUACACCGACGAAAAUGAUAAUGCAAGUCCUUCUACUCCAUUUUUAUUAUUUUAUGAUGAAAACAAAAAAUGUACAAAUAUCGUUGAAGAACCAGCACCUCAAUGGUUGAUCGAAGAAGCCCUCAACAGAGGGAAUGAGGUAUGCAAAGAAAAGGAAUGGCAGAAAAGCGUGAAAUCGACCAAUAAAGAAGUCGAUUACGAGAACAUUAUUUUCGAUUUGAAAAACAAACUUAACGAGACUAAAGUCGAACUCGAAGAAGCUAUAAGAAAGAAAAAUUCCGUCAAAGAAAAAUAUAAAAGGAUCGCACAAAAUGUACAAAUGGAAGCUUGUAAAAAAAAUGAUGUGUUGCAAAAAAGGAUCAUACAAAUCUGCACUUCGGUUUUGGAAAAAUUAAGAUCUUCCGCGUUGUCGAAUAACAAAGGAAAUGGAUUUCAAAAUAAUAAUCGUAGAUCUUCGAGAUAUUUUGGAAAAUUAUCGAAACGAUUGUAUAAAAAGUUACGAGUUGCAAUCUCAACAUCGAAAAAGUUAAAGAAUGAAUUAUCGAAAACACGAAAGGAAUUGAAAGAUAAGUCGAAUGAUUAUGAGUCAGUAAACAAAUGUUUUACAAUUUUAAAAAAAGAAAUGGAAACUACCGAGUCGAAUUUGAACGAUCUAAUAAAUGAGAACGCAUUUCUUCGUAAAAAAUUCGAGGAUAUGAAAGAAUGGAUGGAAUUGAAAAUUGGUAAGGAGCAAAACGAAAAGAUCAGUGUUACGCAAAUGCGCGAGUUACCGAAAUACAGAGAACUCGCUAAUUUGAAGAAAAAGUCUGAAGAAGAUUGCGCAACUAUCAAACAACUUCAUAACAAAUUAUUACGAUCGGAAUCAGCAAACGCCAAUAAAGGAUUUUUACUGAACAGUUACAAAGGUCAAAUAUCGGACCUUGCCAAGGAAAAAGAUCUAUUUACGUCUAAGAUCAAAGAAUUGGAAAACGAAUUGACUGCACUUAGAACCAGCAACGCACAACUCAAAGCCAAAAUUUCUUUAAUAAACGAGGAGAAGUUAAACCUUGCUUGCAAAAUGGAAAAAUCUGAAACGGAUUUGAAAGAACAGAUCGAAUCUCAGAUAAAUCGAAAGCACGAGGAAUCGAUGCGGAAAGAGAUUAAUGCUAUUAAAAUGAAAUGCGAGGACGCGAUUAAAGUUUUGAAAGAGAAAUUAAUCACUUUCGAGACUAAAAACAUCGAAUAUUCAAAAGCUAUUAAAGAAUUUUUGAAAAAAAUUCACGAACAUUGCGACGAAAAAGAUAAUGGAAAGACAAAUUUCUAUGAAGACGAAGCAAGCGAGAGAGAAGCGCACGAGACGGCUUGUAAUAUUUUAAACAUGACACCCGAAGAAUUGACAAACUUUAUGAACGAAAAACCUAACGCGGUAAACAACACUUGGCCAGCAGAUUUGAACAAGAUCACGUCGAAGAGAAGUUUCUCAGAUGAUUUGGCUAAAUUUCUAUUCAAAACAACAUUCGACAAAAUUUAUACAUCGACUUGAAAGAAAAAAAAAAAGGAAAAGAAAAGCAAAAUAAAAUAAUCAUAGA